GAAUAGUUAAAAUAUAUUGGCGCUGUCAACAUUCCCUACAUAACCUCUCAUUACCGUGCAAUUGCCUACAUCAAAUUAUCGGUAAUUGGCCUUAAUUCGUGAUUUAAAAGAUGAAUAAUUAUUCAAAGUCUAUUGGCGGAUAGAACCCCUCGUGUGUCUAAAAGUGUCCUAACAUUUAUAACUCAUCUGCUCCUCUUGCUAUUGAAUUAAUAAAUAAUUUCUGUGGUGUGACAACAAGAGCACAUCGGUGAUGAAAAAAUGGCAAGAGGUAAACGACCGGUUCGUGGUGGCAAACGAGAUCGUCGCAAUUCAAAAUUCCAGAAGCCAAAACCAAAACAGAAAAAGGGAAAAUUCAAUCUGCGAGAGGCUUCGUACGUAAAAGAUCGUGACGUAAAAAAUGCGGAGAUAGAAAACAGACGAAAAAUUCUACAAGAACAAGAGGCGAAAAAGCGUAGAUAUGAGUCUGAAUCUUCCUCCGAAGAAGAGAACCCCAUGAAGACUCUCCUCUCAUCGUUUGCAAACAGUUCCCAGAAGAAAAAUAAAAUAGCUAUUGAGUCUGAGUCUGAAGAUGAGGAGGAAACUAGCGACAAAGAAGACUUAAAUUCCGAAAGGGAUGAUCUGUCAGCGGAGGAAACAGAAGAGGGAAAAAUCGAUGAAGAGAGGGAAGAUGGAAAUGAAGGCAAGAGUGAAGAAGAAAAUGAGGAAGCAAUGGCUGACAGAGAGAUGAUCGAAAUAGAGGUGAAAGAAGAGGACGAAGAGGACGAUGAAACGUCCCGUGAGGAUCAAGGAAUGAUAAAAGAUCCUUUUGCCCUCCACCUGAAUCACGAUUUACCGGAUGAAUUGUAUGAGCUCCUGUCUUCUCAGAAUCCUGUCGAGUCUCAAAUCUUGACAUGGCCCACCUUGGGAAAGCUAAUUUAUCAGAUCCCAAAGAUUUCAGAUCCCCCACCAACCCCAACAUCAGCAAAAACCCUGGAAUCUAAAAACAUAGCGAAACCUGGAAUCAUUCCUUCGAUAAUCUCCAAAGUCGACUGGGACAAACUGUACAUAAAAUCUCAAAUCCAUGGAAAUCUUACGAGAGCUAACUUUCCCAACAUAAAAGAUCAUCUGCAGACGAAUCCUACUCCCCUAACUCCACUCCAGAAAGAGUUGCUCUCGAUAAUAAAUAAUUAUCAGGACUUGCUCUACACUGAGAGGACUUUCUCAAACGAAAAUGAAAUCAAAUUCGUCUACUGUCUUCACGCAGUCAACCACUUGCUGAAGACACGGACCAAGAUUCUGCACCACAACGCGAAGCUCUCAAAAUCCUCAAAAUCAUCGAUGGGAGAAGUGCCAGAUGAAUAUCGAGAUCAGGGACUAGUACGUCCUAAGAUCCUGAUAAUAGUUCCCUUCAGGAGAUCCUGUUUGGAGAUCGUUGAGUUGUUGAUUUCCAUUUUAAUUGGAGAAGAAAAAGGGGGAUCCGUCGCAAACAAAAAGAGAUUCCUCGAGGAUUUUGGUGGAGGCGAGAUAGUAAUGCCCAAGAAGAACCCAAAGCCUGAGGACUACGAGCAGACGUUCAGGGGAAACACUGAUGACACAUUCAAGAUUGGAAUAGCAGUGACCAAGAAGACGUUGAAGUUGUACUCGGAUUUUUACUCCUCAGACAUUAUAAUCUCUUCUGUCCUGGGGAUGAGGAUGAUUGUGGGAGCUGAGGGCGAGGAGGAAAGAGAUUACGACUUUCUGGCGUCGAUUGAACUCUUGAUAAUGGACCAGACAGAAUUAUUCUUCAUGCAGAACUGGGAUCACUUGAUCCACGUCCUGGAUCAUCUCCAUCUCCAACCCAGAAAGCCACACGAUACUGAUUUUUCAAGGCUUAGGAGCUGGAGUGUUAAUGGCUGGUCCAAGUACUACAGGCAGACCCUCAUUUUCUCCAGCAUUCAACUGCCAGAAAUCCAGGCAGUAUUCAAUAAAAAGUGCUUGAAUUACGCUGGUAAGGUCAGGGUGGCAAAUUCCUGUACCUCAGGGAGUGUCUGUCAAGUCGCAGUGCAAUUGCCACAGGUUUUUCACAAGUUCCAAGCAUCCAGUUAUGGACAGGCGAUCGAGGCACGAAUGGAGUACUUCGUCUCCAAGAUUCUGCCUGAGUAUAAAGACAGCAUCAUGAAUCAUACAUUGAUAUUUGUACCUUCUUACUUUGAUUUUGUGAAGCUCAGGAAUUAUCUCAGGAAGGAGGAGCUGAGUUUUGUCCAGAUCUGCGAGUAUACGAGGGAUGCCAAAGUGGCUAGGGCUAGGGAUAUGUUUUUUCACAGCGAUGCCAAUUUUUUACUCUACUCUGAGAGGUUUCACUUCUUCAGGAGGAUAAGGGUUAAGGGCAUCAGACAUAUCAUCUUCUUUGCUCCUCCCAAUUUUCCUGGGUUUUACUCUGAAAUGUGUAAUCUUAUGCACGAAGCUAAUCAGAACCCUAAAGCUGGAACUGAGAGCAAUAUGACUGUUACGGUUUUGUAUUGCAAAUACGAUGCCAUGCAACUUGCUGGAAUCGUUGGUACCGAGAGGACUGGCAAGAUGAUUGCCUCUGAAAAAGAUGUACAUAUGUUGAUGACUGGAGAUUAGUUGGAGAAAUCACAAAUAAAUCAUUUUUUAACAAAUAAUAAUGUUUAUCCACUGCUCAUUUCUCACAGUCAAUAGUAAUUCUAACAUUCAAUUGAAUUGCAUCCAUUUUUCGUUCACU